GCGGAGGUCGCAGGUUCGAGACCUGCAUGGGCCAUUGUUAAAUUUUCUCCCUCCUUUAUAUUUUUAAUUUUUUUUUUCCCUCAACAUCACUAUUCACUCUCUCUUUUUUUUUUCACCAAAAAAAAAAACAAAAAAAAAAUUCCAACUUUCUCUCUCCUCAAACCAUUUCCAUCCACUCUCUUCCCUUUCUCACUCUCCUCAACCUCAAACCUCCAUCAAUGGCGACCACCGAAUCACCUCCACAACCUCCAAACCCUAAUCCUCAAGACUCCCUCAUCCUCUUCAGCGGCCCUUCCUCCAUCCAAUUCCAACCCCAAACCCCUCCACCUCCGCCGCCGUCUUCUUCGCCGGAAAAUCUCCCUCCGCCGUCGUCGCAGAAAUCGGCGGCGUUUGGGCUGUUCUCGUUCCAGAAACGUCCGCCGUUGAGAGUCACUACAGAAUUUGAUAGCGAGAGCUCGGUGUUCUUCCACAAAGUAUCGUCGAAGCUUUUCAAUGGAUUGGCGAAAUUGAAAUUUACUUUUCAUAAUAAUCCUAAAGGCGAGGUUUCUGAGCCGCAAAUCGCGCUUAUUACGAAGCAUCUUGCUAUUCAUUACGAUGUUGAGGAGCAGAAUGCGUUGGUUAAAGGGUUCCUUGAUGUUGGCCCUAAUCUUAAACUUAAGGCUGCUCAUAAUAUUCAGAAUAACAAGGAGGGUGAAACCUACAGGCCUGAACUCAGCUUAUUGACAAGGAACUUCUCUAUGCAUUAUUAUUUGAAUGAGAAGAAUUCACUGGUUAAAGGUUUACUCCACAUUAGCUCCAGAUUGCAGCUGAGAGCUGCUUAUGAUGCGAAGGCACGACAAGGAGAAGUCUCAUUGGCAGCAAAUCUCUCUGAUCCAGGCUACAAAUUUGAACUGGCCACUGAUUUUCCUUCUAUUGGUCUGCCAAAGGCAACUUUAACAUUUCCUUGUGGUGAAGUUUCAUUAGUUGAGAAAGAUGAUGAAGAUUUGAAGAGAGUUUUGUCAGUAAGUGGUAUUGCUAAAGGUUCAAUUCUCAAUGGCCUUUGCACUGCUGUGUACUGUGAUGAAACUUUGAAACUAAGAUACUCAUAUAAGGAUGAUGAAAUGUCAUUUAUUCCAAGCAUUUCUUUGCCUUCAAAUGCUGUUUCAUUUGCAUUCAAGCGACGCUUUGGUCCUUCAGACAAAUUAAGUUACUGGUACGACUUUGAUACAAAUUAUUGGAGUACUGCGUACAAGCAUACUGUUGGGAAAGAUUAUAAAUUUAAAGCUGGGUAUGAUUCCGAGGUCAGGCUUGGAUGGGCGUCACUUUGGGUUGGAGAUGAAGGUGGUAAAGCUAAAGCUGCGCCUAUGAAAAUGAAAGUGCAAUUCAUGCUUCAAGUGCCUCAAGAUGAUAUAAAAUCUUCAGUUUUGAUGUUUCGAGUAAAGAAGAGGUGGGAUAUAUGAUAUCGUAAAGGCGCAGGUUUUUUUUUUUUUUUUUUUUUUUUUUUUUUUCUCUCUCUCUUUUAUUGGGCGCUAAGUAUUCAAGCUCCAUAGUGAAUUUAGAGAUGUUAAUCUGUAGGCAUUUUUGUUUCUGCAAAUAUAACUCGAUAUUUUCACUUAUAUAAUUUAAUGUGAGGAAUAUUUGAGAAUCCUAGCUACGUAAUUGGGGUUUUAUUUCAUAAGGUGUGUUAUACUACGUAACCUCUAUACAAUAUAUUAUUUCCUCGGUU